AUGAAGACCUUUACCGCCAUCAUCACCCUCUUCGCCUCUGCAGCCUUCGCUGCCCCGGCUACUCUCGCCCCCCGCGGGGGUGUAUGCCCGGAUGGUCUUCUAUACACCAAUCCUCAGUGCUGCGCGACGGAUGUCCUGGGCGUAGCUGACCUGAACUGCGAGAAUCCUAGCAGACAGCCUUACGACGGUGCGGACUUGGCUGCUAUUUGUGCCGCAGAUGGUAUGAGGGCCAGGUGCUGCAGCAUACCUGUUGCUGGGCAGGCUGUCCUUUGCAACGAUGUUGUUGGUGCUUAG